AUAACAAUAAUUAAUCCAUUUCAGUAAACAACUACUUUUUAGACGGAAUUGUGAGUGUAUUUACUGAUACCCAACAGUCAUUAAGUAUCAAGUACAAAAUCCAAUUAACCAUUGAGCAUUCAAGUAUCAAUUACAUAUUAUCCAAUAACAGUGUGUUCCAAGGCGAAAUCUGUGCACUUGCUUUUACUAUAAACUGCAUUGCCACUUUUUUACUUGCAUUAGUCACUAAACAGUUUUGAGUUUGACCGAUGAUAAGAUGGGAAAUGGAGGAUCAUUAAUGUGGAAUUCUACCUAUUUGUCCAUUAAAACCAAGCAUGACUUGGCAUAUAAAAUAAUAGAAGAUGCCAUUCGAUUAGAGGAACAGGAGAAACCACAAGAGGCAAUAGAAAAGUAUAAGGAUGGCAUUAAACUGAUUGAUGAAAUCUUAAGGAUACCAGUUCAGUGUCCUGAAAAACCCAAUGACACCUGGGGUAAAGCAUGUGAGAUGAUCCAGAAAAUCAAAAGAACCAGAGCAGAAGUUCUCACUAGAAUUAACUCAAUCCAAACCUCACCGGGAUUUCAGUCUACUUCCUGUGAGCCUCCACCAUCAUAUGAAGAAGCUAUCAGUUCAUCAGAUGAAUCUACUGAUCCACCCAGAGUCACUUACAAAGAUCUUGCUACUGCAUUACAAGAACUAAGUGUAGAUCCCAAUCAACAUAUAAAUGAAGAACUUGUCUACACCUAUCCAGGGGUUCGAUUAUAUUUUAUAUCACCAAACGGAGAAGUAGUUUCCACAAGAGAACCCCAUACUUUAAGAAUAUCUUUGGUAGAAGGAAGUGAACCUAAUACUCCCAGAGCUAUUUUACAAAUUGGUGACUGGGUGUAUCCUUUGGUCCCUGGUGUGUCUCCUUGUUACAGAACAGAUUAUGGAGCAUUUAUUUUACCUGAUGUUUACUCAAAUGUGCCUGGUUCUUCAGUUGGGAUUAUUUUACCAUCUGACGCAGACGCGGAAGUAUUUGACCUGUUGGAAAGUAUUCUGCAUGGAAUUAUUACUCAAGAGACUGAGCAAGAAAUUUUCAAGGAAAAAAGACGACGACAGGAGAAAGAAGAUGCUAGUGCUCGUAUAUCAAACAAUAUCAUAAAUGGAGCUUGGACAAUAUCUCAAGGGAUCAUAAGAGGGGCCCACAAAGCAGGCGAUUUUAUUAAUAGAAAAAUCCCAACCCUUAUAGAGAAAUUGUCGCCGUCAGAUCAACCUACAAAUGUGCCUAAACCUGUGUCAAAAGGGAUAAAAAUCGCGGAAAAUGCUACUUCAAAGGCUGUGAAAGUUACUGGAUUUGUUGCUGAAAAAGUGGGAGAGGGAACGAUGCGACUGGGUCAGUUCUUGGCACCUCACAUUCAGAAACAAGGAACCAAAUUGUUGGCCUCCGGAUUUAAUAUGCCAGAGAGAGAGGCAGAGAAUAAGAUGAAGAGUGUGCUGACAGUGGCCGCUGGAGCAGUUGAGGGGUUUUCAACGAUUUAUAGGGGCUUGGAAACUUCUGCAGGAAUAUUAGGAAACAGUUUGAAGGACAACACUGUCAAAGUGGUGGAACAUAAGUGGGGUCCUCAAUGUGCAAACACGACCGAAGUAUCUCUCAAUACCGUAGGUAAUAUGUAUUCUACCUACCAGAAUACUAAAAUACUUAGACCCAAAGGAUUAAUGACAAGUACCGCCAAAAAUACCGGUAUAUCCAUUGCCCAAGAACAUUCAGUUUCCAAACAAGCAAAUCAGGAAUUAUUAAAUAGUCUUGACAGAGCAGGUCCGUCAUUUUCAUCAGGAAAAUCACUUGUGGUACAGAAAGAGAAAGAAAAUAUUUCAGAACCUAGUGAGAGCGAUAAAGAAAACGAGGAGGAGACAUUACCACGAAAAAGCUAAUUUUUUGUUAAAUUGUUAUAGGGUGUAGGUUUCAAACACAAAAACUCAAUUGAAGUCCUUCGAUAAUUAAUUAUGUAUGUAUCGACAUACAUUUUAUUGAUAUUUAUUGAAUGAUAAAGUCGAGCUUGUGAUUAAGUGCAACGCUUUAAAAGAGUAAUUUUGUUGAUAAGGCUUAAAAACAAGAAAUCUCGAAAAUGAGGGAUAGAACACAAUUUUAUUCAUUUUACAUCACAGUGACAUGAUCAAUUUAGCAAUAUUGCCAAGUUUAUUACUACAGUGUUAUAUUAAUAAUUGUUAUCUUUUUCUUUUCUUUUCUUGAAGUUGUUGCAACAAUUUUGCUUUACUUGUUGACAAGAAACUCAUAUGGCUAAAGAAAUGAAGAAAUUAUUGAUGGUUUUAUGACGUGCAUAAUUUAUAAUCCUAUGGAUUAAAGAAUUAAAAAAAUAGGCAACAUAUUCUUGCAUUGUAUAUUUGUUUGAAUUUUAUAUAUAAUUUUCUUGAUUUUUAUCGAUUGAACUAAAUAAGUACAUGGUUCAAUAAGUCUCGGGGCUAACUAUUAAAACAAUUUUUUUCGGCAAGAUUCUUCUUUACAUAAUGUCUUAAUGUCAAGAGUAAUACAUGUUUUUGAAACGUAUUGUAACGCGUUUGUAACGCUUCUGAUUUUUUGAUGCUUUGAAAAUAAGCUUUAGUUUCGGCAGUCACUUUUUUAUUUGACCCAAGUCUCUUUCCUUGAAGCAUCCUAUUGAGAUCUGUGAAACGCUAGUAGUAGUUAGGGACUAGAUCUGUAUAAUAUAAAGGCAAUUCAUUCAAUUUUAGCAUCUUUUUCAUCGAUCUGUGAUAUGAUGCAUUGUCUACGUGCACUUUUCUUUUUGGCCUUUUGAUUACGUUUUAAUAACGCUAUAUAUUAAUUGCUAGCGAUGUUUUGUUUCUUUUCAAGGUAGUCAACGGAUAUUGAGUGAGCCAUAACAUUUCCAGACUAUUUUGGUUAUUUAUUGACUGCUCCCUAGUCAGCUGAUGAUCUCUUUGAUUCAUGUGAAUCAUACAUUCCAACGUAAAAAAUCAUGUUCCAUUAUGAGUUAACGUGACACCCAUUUGCAAAGAAGCUUUAUCAAUAUUAUAUAACUCUUUCAAAAUAGUAUAAGCACUAGCAUUUGAUAUCUUAGGACGCUAGCUAUCUCACGAAACUUUACUUUGCGACGAUCCAUCAAUGAUUAAAGCAUUCAGAAUAACUUGUGACCACGUUUAAUACCAGAAUACUACUCAGAAAUUGUUUUUCAAGCCACUGUUGAGCUUGAACAAUAUGUUUUUUCUUGUUUAUAUUGAAAUAAAAAACACAAAAGUGGUGUCACUUAAACCCUUUUAACUCAGAAACUAUUUGGGUCUAACUGUCUGAAAUUCACAAUGUUGUCAAUAGUGGCGCAGUCAGUUGGUUACUCCUGGAACUUAUUGAUCUAUGGAUAUAUGUAUUUAUUCAAGAAUUUUGACAUUUAUUAUGUAUCUAUUUAUUAUCUUGAUUUUAACAAAUUUUAGUGUUCUGCGAUGACAAACUUGCUCUUUUAUAAAAAAACUGUUAAAUUAUCUUAAAAAAAUUUAUUUUUUUAUAAGAAUAUUAAUGGCCUGGUAUAAAAUUGCACCUAAAAUGUGGGUAUUGUUUUAGGAAUUUUAUUAGUGAUCUUAAAACUUUUAUUGUUUGGUCAGUUUAAUGUUAAACAACCUGUAUGUCUUUAUUAUAUAACGAUAUUAUUUUGUUGUAUUGGUGUUAUGGUAUAUUGUUUUUUUCUGGCUGGUUUGUGUUAUUAGAGUUUUAAUUUUUUACGAAAGUUAAUAUAUUUGAUUUAAAAAUGU